AGAGGCCGGAGAAGCGCCCUGCGCAUGCGUAGCGUUCGGGCGGUGCCUGAGUAUAAAGUCUUCUGCAAACAUUGGCAUUUUUUCCCCCUGCAAGGAAAAAUCCCUGCUCUCACAGUUCCUCUCCGUCUUCAACAAGCGUGAGCCACCAUGCCGUCUGAUCUGGAGAGAGCGAUGGAAACCCUCAUUACAGUGUUCCACCGUUACGCGGGGAAAGAGGGCAACAGCAACACACUGAGCCGCAGAGAGCUCAAACAGCUCAUGGAGGUCGAGCUCGCCGCCUUCUUAAAGUCUCAGAAAGACCCUGCUACAGUGGACAAGAUAAUGAAGGAUUUGGAUACUAACGGAGACGGAGAGGUCAGCUUUGAAGAGUUUGUGUCACUGGUGGUCGGUCUGUCCAUCGCCUGCGAACAGUGCUACCAGAUGCACUUAAAAUCACCAAAAUCAAAGUAAAAGAAAGAACAGAGAGAAGGGGGGAGAGAGAAGAAAGUUGGGUUUUCUAUUGAGUCAUUUUAUAAGUGAGCUUUAAUAAACACCACUGCGAACAACAA